AUGUCGUCCACUAACAAGUAUGCCAAAUUGCCGGCAGAAAGUAUUCCUGAAACAGAUUUAUCGUACGAGAUACCAGAAAACACAGAAACAGAUGUGGCUCUCGACGAUCUUGCGUCAUUAGAUUAUGAAUUGAGUACCCCAGACGCUGAUCUUGAAGCAUCACCACAAGAAGGAAGCGGGACUUCCUCGAUGAAAAUGGCUUUCAUGAACAUGGCUAACUCAAUUUUGGGAGCGGGAAUUAUUGGCCAACCGUUUGCAUUCAAGAACAGUGGGCUCUUAGGUGGUAUAAUAGUCAUGAUACUUCUAACUGUUCUCAUUGAUUGGACAUUAAGACUAAUUAUUCUCAAUUCGACUAUGUCUCAAACAAGAUCAUACCAAGAUACUGUCAAUUAUUGUUUUGGACGAUAUGGGAAGAUUUUGUUAUUGAUAUCCAUCAGUUCCUUUGCAUACGGAGGAUGCAUGGCAUUCUGCGUCAUUAUUGGUGACACAAUCCCUCAUGUACUCAAAUCAAUGCUUCCGAAAUCAAUUACAGGCUCAGAUUCAGUCAUAGGUUGGCUAUUUGGAAGAAAUGUCAUUAUUGUCACUUUUACGCUUUGCGUUUCAUAUCCACUUUCACUCAAUAGAGAUAUUUCAAAAUUAGCAAAGGCAUCUGGUUUUGCUUUGGUCGGUAUGGUAAUAAUAGUCAUUUUAACUGUUGUUCGUGGCCCAUUUGUGGAUUCAUCUCUCAAAGGCUCUUUAACAAAGUCUCAAUGGUGGAUCAAUAAGAAUAUCUUUCAGGGUAUAUCUGUCAUCUCGUUUGCUCUUGUGUGUCACCAUAACACCAUUUUCAUUUAUAAUUCGAUGAAAGAUGCUACCUUAUCGAAAUUCAAUAAGCUAACGCAUUGGGCUUGCGGUAUAUCAAUGUGUUUCUGCCUCCUUAUGGGAGUAAGUGGACUCCUUAAUUUUGGUACCAAUACAAAGGGCAACAUUUUGAACAAUUUUAAAAGCAAUGACAACUGGAUCAAUGUUGCUCGAUUCUGUUUCGGCUUGAACAUGCUCACUACCUUCCCGCUUGAAAUUUUUGUUGUUCGUGAUGUUUUGCGAGACAUAAUGUUAACUGCUGAAGCACAAGACGAAGAUAACAAUAACUCAGCAGAUUUAGAACUUUCAAAAAAGCAAAACUUCAUAGUCACGACGGUAUUAGUUGCAUCAUCUAUGUCGGUAUCGUUAUUUACAUGCAAUUUAGGAAUGAUUUUGGAGUUGAUUGGUGCCACCUCGGCAUCACUCAUGGCUUAUAUCAUCCCUCCCCUUUGUUACUUAAAGUUGUCAUUCGAUCAAUUCGACUAUAAAAGAGCAAACAGGGAUGAGAAGUUAUCGUUCGUUCUUCGAAAGGCUCUACCAUGCAUUCUAUGCGUACUAUUUGGAUUUGCUGUCAUGUUCAUUAGCUCUUACAGGACUAUUGUUUCAAGUUUCAAUAGCGAUAACGAUUCACAUUGUGUCAGUGACUGA